AUGCAAAGGGGGGUCCAUCCGGGAAGGAGGUUGGAAGGCUUCCGCAGCGUGCUGUCCAGCGCGAUGGGGGUGGCCUUCUGCGGAGGAAGCUCGCCCCGACGCUCCAUCGACUGUGAGCCUCUUCCCAGCCUCGUGCUCAUAGAGCCUCCAUGUCUGGUGGCCGGCGAGAAGUCCAGUGUGGACGUUCGCCUGUCCUGGGCUAUGCUGCCAGAAGACCGAAUGCAGAUGGAGGUGACGGGGAGUAACGGCUGCAUCGAGAAGGCCCGCUUCAUGUCAAAACAGGGUGAUGCGAUGAGUCUUUCCAUCCCUCCAGUCAAGUGUGGCGGCGUCUGCUUGGAUUUCGAGUUGGCCGAGCAUGGAGCAAAAGGACCAACGGCCAACUUGCUGGCCUUGCCCAAAUGCCCAGCUGAGGAAAUGUGCGGCCUGUUCUCGAAGUUGAUGUCCGAGAUUCAAACCAUCAGGGCUCAGAGGGAGUUCAACCUCCCGUUCGCUCAUUUCCAUCAGGAGAGCCGAGACGAACAGAUGCUCAAAGAAGCGCUCUGGACGUCGUACUUCCGCAUACUUUGCUCGGACUUCGCCUCCAUGCUGGACGGCCUGCGCUGCGGUGACGAGCGCAUGCAAGCCAAGUGCCCAGCUCUUGUGAAAUAUUUCCUGGCCAACCAAAUGUGGGCCACGGCGUCCUUCCUGAUGAAGGCGGCCGCCGCGUCGAGGGCGAAGAUCUCGGGUCCAAGGGUGCGCUUCCUGGGAGGUGAGAAUUUGGCAUCCAAAAUGGCAUCAAAAAUUGGGAAGAAAAAUUUUUUGGACACGAAAGAUGGGGUCGGUGCCCAGGCAUGGAUGAAGGGCCGCUGUAGAGCGGCGCCGUUGCGUUGGGAGUUCCAACAAACGGGGGCGUGA